AUGGUACGGUCUGAUGAGUACUCAGAGCUUGACAUAGUUGGGGGCAAGAGGACUGCAGAUUUUAGUGAUAUGGCUUGUUCGGAAGCGGAUGCCCCACCACCUGUGUUGCCAAUUCUUCCUGUUAAUGGUUCGGGACCAGAGAAUAUGAAACUGGUCCAUCUCAUUUCGCAAACAAAAGCUGUACAUGGAAAUGCACCUUCUAAUGGUAGUAUGGCCGGAGUACUAUCUAUGCCUUCUUCAGUUAAUCACAGUUCAAGUACUAAGGAGCAGAGGAUCUUACAACUGAUGAAUUUACCGCAACAGAGUGUGGAACCGCGCUUAGACAAUAUAACUCCAGUGAACAAAACAAUCUCAGACCAACAUAAAAGCAACACGUUAAUUAAUUCGAGCAGGUCAAGGGCAGAUGCGUCCGUUAAAAGUGGUAAGAGAAAAUACUCCAGAAAUGGCUGCACUGAAUGCAAAAGGAGAAGGAUGAAAUGUGAUGAAGGGAAACCUGUUUGUUGGCAGUGUUCAAGAUUGAAUCGAAGUUGUGUUUAUAUUAUUAAUCCAAAGAACAAGAAGAGGAAAAAGCCGAUGGCUAGUGGUAUGGUGUCUGCUAAUGAAACUGUUAUACCACCGCUUGAAAAUAUACCUCCUCGUCCACAGGAUUUAGAAGAUGAUUUAACCUCUAAAAGAGACAGUAGUAGUGCCGUAAGUUUCCCACCAAAAAGUAGUGGAAAGCCAUCUAUAGAUACAGUACCAAACCUGCUACUCAAUGAUUGCAUAAAUGUGCACGAUGCAAGUUUGCUAAUUCAGAAUUUGAACGAUAUUGUUAAUAUGAAACUUAAUGACUCAGCUGUUCAGGUUGACAAACUUGUUGAUGUCGACUUAGAGAAUCUUGUAUUCCCAGAAAUGACUCCAUUGGAACCAUCUUAUGAUACGGUGCCUAUAUCGUUCCUUGCGGAUAACUUUAUCAUCUUUGACAUAUCUUUAGAAUCUUUCUCUCUUGGUGAAGUCCAUGAAAGGUAUGUUAAAGCCUUUUAUUAUGAUUGCCUGGAUUCAAUAGCUCCUUUUUUUCAGGAUCAAUCUAAUCCGUUACGUGAUAUCCUCUUGUACUUCGCAAAAAGCGAACCAUAUCUAUUGUCUGCUAUUCUGGCCAGUGGUGCUUCUAUUACAUAUACAAAGUCUCUUCAAGUUGAGGAUGAAAAAGCUUAUUGCGGAUACCUAUCGAGGUGCCUUGAUCUGUUGAAUGAACAAUUUCAAAAUGAAAAUAAUAUAAUUAAAAAGAUUGAACCUAUUAUUUUGACCGUUAUUCUUUUAUCUUGGGAUUGUAUACAUACCUUGAAUUCUCAAUGGCGGUCACAUCUAAAAGGUGUUACGGAGCUUUUUAAGAAAACUAAUUUGAGAAAUUCUUCCAAGGUUUUAAAUGUGGCUAAAUGCUGGUUCAAAGUUAUUGAGACUUUUGCAGGGAUCAGUACAGCUUUAGGGGGAUCUUUGGUUGAAGAUGUUGACUUAGAUGUGAUAUUUGAUCCUAGUGAUGGCGAAUAUGUUGAAUCUCUGAAAUUUUUAAAUAUCAUGACACCUCUAAAUGAGUUUAACCUUCUCAGGGGACAUAAAGAGGACUUUGAUGUUGUUAUUAAAGAAGUUUUUAAGCUUUUGAAUUGCAUUAAGUCUUCGGUAGGACAUCAGCCAAUUGAAGCGAAUGUUAAUUCUUCAAAGCAGCUAGAUCACCUACUUUGGUCAAGUUCUAGCUCUACUAAAACGAGGCAAGGACUUUCUUACUUCAAGAUCCAGAAAAUAUUAGUUGAGAUCGACAAGCAGCUAGAAUACAAGUUUAUUGACAAUUCAGGUAUCAUCCCUAUAGAAAACCAGUCUCAUCCAAAUAUCAGUCAUAUUUUAGACAAUGCCAUUGAUCUUGUGUUGCUAAAAAAUGGGAAAUCUAUAGCAAUAAGUUGGUAUGACAUUUCACAUCAGACCCAAGUGCUUUCCUUCCUAUUAGUAGUCCUGCUGAAGCUGCUGGGUAUACCUAAGGAAUCAAUUGCAAUUCAGCAGGUUGUAAGAAGGAUCAUGAGUUUUUUUAAGUUUUUGGACAGUGACAAACCUCCGAAAAACCUGCGAACAUGUUACUGCAACUUUGCUGUCUUUAUAGCCGGUCUAAAUGCCAUAGAUGAAGAAACCAGAGAACUUGUUAGGAAGUACUAUACGUUGAAUGGUGGCCAAUUCCAAAAAUUAACUGAAUACAAUCUAACUAGAAUGGAAAAGGUUUGGUACGGAAGAAGUGAACACAGUGAGAAAAGGCAUAUCUUGGAUGACCAGGAUGUUUUAACAUGGUAG